AUGACUCAAGAAUAUGAUUAUUUCGGAUUCUCCUACAUACGUAAGACGGCAAAAAACGACACAGGGGAAAUCGCCAUCAAUAAUCCAGCCGAUAUCUCAGUUAUCGUGAUUUACUUCUUGGUUGUCUUGGGUGUCGGAGUAUGGGCUAUGGUCCGCACCAACCGGUCCACUGUGGGUGGCUACUUCCUUGCAGGGAGGAGUAUGGUGUGGUGGCCGAUCGGAGCGUCACUCUUUGCCAGUAACAUUGGCAGCGGCCACUUCGUGGGAAUCGCUGGCACUGCUGCAGCUGGAGGAAUAGCCAUCGGUGGCUUUGAAUGGAACGCUCUUAUUGUUGUCGUCAUUCUGGGAUGGCUCUUUGUGCCCAUCUACAUUAAAGCUGGGGUGGUCACCAUGCCCGAGUACCUGAAGAAGAGGUUCGGAGGAAGCCGCAUUCGCAUCUAUCUCUCUGUGCUCUCCCUGUUCCUCUAUGUUUUCACCAAGAUCUCAGCAGACAUGUUCUCUGGCGCCAUUUUUAUCAACCAGGCUCUUAAGUUGAACAUCUACCUUGCUGUUGUCCUGCUGCUGCUAAUCACUGCACUGUACACUGUCACAGGUGGACUGGCUGCUGUGAUCUACACAGACACCUUACAGACCAUCAUCAUGGUUGUUGGAUCUUUCAUCCUCAUGGGCUUCGCUUUCUACGAGGUGGGUGGCUAUGAAAACUUCGAGGAUAAAUACAUGACUGCCAUCCCCAACAUCACGGCUAACAUCAGCGAAAGCUGCUAUGAGCCUCGGGGAGACUCCUUCCACAUUUUCAGGGAUGCGAUCACAGGAGACCUGCCAUGGCCGGGCCUGGUGUUUGGACUCACCAUUCAGGCCACCUGGUACUGGUGCACCGAUCAGGUGAUUGUCCAGCGCUGCCUGUCCGCCAAGAAUCUGUCUCACGUUAAGGCCGGUUGCAUCCUGUGCGGCUACCUGAAGCUGCUACCCAUGUUCCUCAUGGUGUUCCCCGGGAUGAUCAGCAGGAUCCUCUAUCCUGAUGUGGUGGCAUGUGUGGACCCGAAAGAAUGUUUAGACCACUGCGGUGCCAGUGUGGGCUGCACCAACAUCGCCUAUCCCAAACUGGUGGUGGAUCUCAUGCCCGAUGGUCUGCGAGGUCUCAUGCUGGCUGUGAUGCUGGCCUCUCUGAUGAGCUCCCUCACCUCCAUCUUCAACAGCGCCAGUACUCUGUUCACCAUGGACAUCUACACCAAGGUCCGGCCCAAAGCCAAGGAGAGGGAACUCAUGAUUGCUGGAAGAGUGUUUAUCUUGGCCCUGAUCGGUGUGAGCAUCGCCUGGAUCCCUGUGGUGCAGUCAGCCCAGAGCGGUCAGCUCUUCGACUACAUCCAGUCUAUCACCAGCUACCUCACUCCACCCGUCGCAGCCCUCUUUAUGCUCGCCAUCUUCUGCAAACGUGUCAAUGAAAUUGGUGCAUUUGUCGGCCUGGUGAUCGGCCUGUUGAUCGGCCUGGCCAGAAUGAUCGCUGAGUUUGCUUUCGGUACAGGCAGCUGUGUUCACCCCAGCAACUGUCCCACCAUCAUCUGUGGAGUCCACUACCUCUACUUCUCCAUCAUCCUGUUCGCCAUCUCCUGCAUCAUCAUACUCUCAGUCUCUGUUAUGACCGAACCCAUCGACGACAAGCACCUGUACCGACUGGUCUGGAGCCUGAGGGACCGCACGGAGGAGAGGAUUGACCUCGAACAGGACGACUGGGAUCACAAAGCGGAUUCCAACAGCGUGGACGACGACGAACCCCGAGAGAAACCCGGCAUGUGCAAGAAGGCACUGAUGUGCUUCUGCGGACUGGAAGAGGAAAAGGCUCCCAAGCUGACCAAAGAGGAGGAAGAGGAGCUGCAGAGGAAGCUGACGGACACCUCGGAGAAGCCGCUGUGGAGGAACAUCGUCAACGCCAACGCCCUCAUCCUCCUGUGCGUGGCCGUUUUCUGCCACGGCUACUUCGGUUAAAGAAACUCAAGGACUUCAAAUCCCUCUUUGGAAAAAUUUAACUUAUAUUUCAGUGAUAAGAUAUUAUAUUAAUAUUAAUUUAUGACCAAAACAAGCAGCCAGUAGCUAUUAAAUAUUAAGACAAUGCACUUGUGUACCUUUCUGCGCUCUCUACCACUAUGUGUACUUUAUGCUGUGUGUGGCUACACAC